CGGUUUUGCUUUACUCAAUGUUUAUAUUUAAAUAAAACUCUAGUCAAAAGCAACAUUUUGAUUAUUAUCACAUAAAUAUAAAUGAGAACCAUACACAUACAAUUAGUGACUUGUUAGUAAAAUAGUAUAAGACUGGUAUUUAUAUAUUAAUUAAAUGGCUUCAUCUUCAAGGCAUGAGGGGUACAGCAAUAAGGUCUGUUGCCCUGCACACCCUGAUGCACAUUUGAUUGAAGAUUAUCGAGCCGGGGACCAAAUUUGUUCAGAAUGUGGUCUUGUAGUAGGAGACAGGGUUAUAGACGUCGGUUCUGAGUGGAGAACUUUCAAUAAUGAAAAAGGAGGUGCUGAUCCAUCUCGUGUCGGUGGUCCUGAAAAUCCUUUGUUGAGCGGAGGGGAUUUAUCAACAAUGAUAGGUCCUGGAAGAGGUGACGCUUCUUUUGAUGCUUUUGGCGCUUCAAAAUAUCAGAACCGUAGAACAAUGAGUACAUCAGAUAGGACGUUAAUAAAUGCCUUUAGGGAAAUUAAUAACAUGGCUGAUAGAAUUAAUUUGCCGAAAACAAUUGUAGAUCGUGCUAAUAAUUUAUUCAAACAGGUGCAUGAUGGUAAGAAUCUAAAAGGCCGAGCAAAUGAUGCAAUCGCAUCAGCUUGCCUAUACAUUGCAUGCAGACAAGAAGGUGUCCCCCGUACCUUCAAAGAAAUUUGUGCUAUUAGCAAAAUAAGCAAACGAGAAAUAGGAAGAUGCUUCAAAUUAAUACUAAAGGCUCUGGAAACAUCCGUUGACCUUAUAACAACAGCAGAUUUCAUGUCAAGAUUUUGCUCAAACCUUAGCUUGCCGAAUAUGGUACAAAGGGCUGCAACCCACAUUGCUAGAAAAGCUGUAGAAUUCGAUAUUGUGCCUGGUAGAUCACCAAUUUCUGUAGCGGCUGCUGCUAUUUACAUGGCAUCACAGGCGUCUGAGGAGAAAAGAAGUCAAAAAGAAAUUGGUGACAUUGCUGGUGUAGCUGAUGUUACAAUAAGACAAUCUUAUAAAUUAAUGUAUCCGUCAGCAUCUAAACUGUUCCCAGAAGACUUCAAUUUUGCUACACCCAUAGAUCAGUUGCCGCAGAUGUAAUAAGUUUUAUUAUUAGAAGGGUUUUAAGAAGAUAUUUUAGGUUUCAGCAAUUAGUGUAUACAAUU